AUGACAUCGUCAAACCCACCAACCACUACUGUUGCAACCACAACGGAGCAGCCAACAACAACAAUGACUUCUCCAACUACUACACAAAAUCCCACAACAACUGCUGCUCCGACUACUACAACACCAGUAACAACAUCAACAACUACCACAGAGCCAACAACUAGCACAACAAAUGUCCCAACAACGACCACAACAAAUGUCCCAACAACCACAACACUUUCUACAACAACUUCAAGUCCAACAACUACCACACCUGCCACCACCACAGGGCAAGAAACAACAACAACUUCUCCAACCACCACACAAACUCCAACAACAAGUGCUGCUAUUACUUCUACAGCACCUGAAACAACAACAUCGCAAACCACCACAGAGCCACCAACAACCACAACAAAUGUUCCAACCACAACAACACUUUCAACACUGACAUCGUCAAAUCCUCCAACCACUACUGUUGCAACCACCACAGAACAGCCAACAACAACAACGACUUCUCCAACUACUACACAAAAUCCCACAACAACUGCUGCUCCGACUACUACAACACCAGUAAAAACAUCACCAACUACCACAGAGCCAACAACUAGCACAACAAAUACAACAACGACUUCUCCAACUACUACACAAAAUCCCACAACAACUGCUGCUCCGACUACUACAACGCCAGUAAAAACAUCACCAACUACCACAGAGCCAACAACUAGCACAACAAAUGUUCCAACAACGACCACAACAAAUGUCCCAACAACGACCACAACAAAUGUCCCAACAACCACAACACUUUCUACAACAACUUCACCAAGUGCAACAACUACCACACCUGCCACCACCACAGGGCAAGAAACCACAACAACAACUUCUCCAACCACCACACAAACUCCAACAACAACUUCUGCUGUUACUUCUACAGCACCUGAAACAACAACAUCGCAAACCACCACAGAGCCACCGACAACAACAACGAAUGUUCCAACCACAACAACGCUUUCAACAAUGACAUCGUCAAACCCACCAACCACUACUGUUGCAACCACAACGGAGCAGCCAACAACAACAAUGACUUCUCCAACUACUACACAAAAUCCCACAACAACUGCUGCUCCGACUACUACAACACCAGUAACAACAUCAACAACUACCACAGAGCCAACAACUAGCACAACAAAUACAACGACUUCUCCAACUACUACACAAAAUCCCACAACAACUGCUGCUCCGACUACUACAACACCAGUAAAAACAUCACCAACUACCACAGAGCCAACAACUAGCACAACAAAUGUUCCAACAACCACAACACUUUCUGCAACAACUUCACCAAGUGCAACAACUACCACACCUGCCACCACCACAGGGCGAGAAACCACAACAACAACUUCUCCAACCACCACACAAACUCCAGCAACAACUUCUGCUGUUACUUCUACAGCACCUGAAACAACAACAUCACAAACCACCACAGAGCCACCAACAACCACAACAAAUGCUCCAACCACAACAACACUUUCAACAAUGACAUCGUCAAACCCACCAACCACUACUGUUGCAACCACCACAGAGCAGCCAACAACAACAACGACUUCUCCAACUACUACACAAAAUCCCACAACAACUGCUGCUCCGACUACUACAACGCCAGUAAAAACAUCACCAACUACCACAGAGCCAACAACUAGCACAACAAAUGUUCCAACAACCACAACAGUUUCUACAACAACUUCACCAAGUCCAACAACGACCACACCUGCCAUCACCACAGGCUUCUCUAACUACGACUCAAAAUCCAACAACAACUGCAGCCCCAACCACUACGAUACCAGUAACAACAACAUCACAAACUACUACAGUGGAAUCAACAACCACAACAAUAUUUUCUCCAACUACUUCACCAAAUCCAACAACUUCCACUGUUAUAACCACUACAGAGCAAGCAACAACAACCGCAACAUCUCCUGCAACUACUUCCCAAAAUCCAACAACUACUGCAGCUCGAGAUACUACAACACCAGUGACAACACUAUCACAGACAACUACACUGGAACCAACAUCCACAAGAUAUGUUCCAACAACAACACUUUCUUCAACGACAUCACUAAAUCCAAGAACUACCACAGUCAUAACCAACACAGAGCACCCAACAACUACAACUUCUCCAACUACUAUGCAAAAUCCAACCACGACUGCUAA